AUGGAAGCGAAUUUAAAAACAAGAAGAAAUAGUUUAAAUCUCCCAGCACUCAUUAGGUCUGGAUCAAGCAUCCCAAACAUAUCCCAACGUAGGUACUCGUUGGGAGGAGUGAGCUCAGAUGCCAGACGAUUUUCACUCCGCUCAAGAGGGAAACUAAAUGCUGAUGUCAAACAGCUACUAAAUCCAACAGAGAACUCCUAUCAGUUGGCACCAACAGAUGAUAGGAAGUUCAACGUUACUAGAGUGGAAGAAUUAUUAAAACAAAUUUUGGAGAUGAAACUAAAAGGCCAAACGUAUGACCCACAGACAGCUUCCGUGAUUACUACGUCUUUGACAGAAUAUAUUCGAGACAAGGUGAAGCUUCUUGGUUACAAACGACACAAAUUGGUUGUUUAUAUUCUGUUAAGUCCUGAUAUAGGACAGAGUUUGGAAAUAGUGAGCCGCUGCUUAUGGGAUGACAACUACGAUAGAUUUGCUUCGGCCUGUUACCAUGGAAAUGGGAUAUGCGCCGUUGCUAUGACGUUUGGUUUAUACUAUGAGUAA